CGCAAUCGACACCUGGGGGGUGCGGGUGGGGGGGGCAUCUACAGCGCAGCCUUCUCGUGAGCUCAUUUCGGCAAGCCCGCUCGCACCCGCCGGCUGCCGGUCGCUGCGAGCCUGACUAACCGCAGGCCAGGCGGCGGCGUGCAGGCGGCAACAUGUCCCGGCGCAAGCAAGCCAAGCCGCAGCACCUUCGAGCCGGACACGACGAAGCCCCCGGCGGCCUUCACUUCGUCCGCCAUGACGACUCCAAGGAAGACGUGGAGCAAGAGGACCCCAGUGGGACAGGAAGUUCCCCUCCCUGUGAGGACACGCACGUUUGCCACCAGUGUUGCGCGCAGUUCUUCGACUGGAACGAGCUGAGUGAGCAUCGGAAAUCCUGUGUCGAAAAUCACCCGGUGUUGAUUGGCGUUGGUGCGUCACAGCCCCCGACGGAACCCUCGCCGGUCCCCAGCGUGGAGUCGAGCGACUUGUCAGCGGGAGAGUCGGCGUUGACCGACUGUGACAGCCUCGAUGAGGCGAUGGACGUCGAACUUGGGCCGCAGGACAAAUACGCCUCUAGCCCUUCUCCGGCGGAUUCCGCCGAGACUCGGCAACCGCUCCCCAACACUAACGUGACCCUCGGAAUUCUGCACAGCACCAGGGUGGCCGUCGCUCAGUUCUCCCAAGGGGUAGGCGGCGGCGCUUGCGGGCGUGUGGCCUCAGCCGCCAUCCCGCUCAUCCUGGAGCACUUGCUGGCUUUGCAGCAGCAACAGGUCCACCAGCUGCACCUGAUCGAGCAGAUCUGUAGCCAGGUGGCCACCAUGAACAAGCGGUCGACCAAGGAGGCCUUGAACCCCGUGUCCAGACCCUUGUGCCUGGCGGCGAACCCCUCCGGGGUCCCGUCGGUGUCGGGAAAUACACCAUCCGACAUCAAUGACCAAGCUCCCGAUUCGCUUUCAACCUUGCCUGAUAUGUCACGAAACCCCCCAUCGGAAACCGUAUGCAGCCAGCCGGUCUUCAGAGACGUUGUGUGUACUUCAGCUUCUUCCUCGGAAAACUCCGCUUCAUCCCUCUCCGAUUGCAGCCGUGUCUCUGCAUUAAUGCCUCCUUACGCCGGCUCUCAUCCAAGCAGCAGCGCUCAGACCCUGAGCUCUCCAAAUCCUCUCUCCCUGGGACAGGGCAGUGUGUCCUACUUACCCCACACCCCCUCCAAAAGUGUCAUCUACCCCAAUCCUUUAGCCAGCAUUGCCGCCACGGCCAAUGCGCUCGACCCACUGGCGGCCAUGUUAAAAUACCGGAAGGGGAAGCCGCCCAGCGCGUCGUCGUUUGAAACAAAGCCCGGCCUGGAGGAGCCCUUCUUCAAGCAUAAAUGCCGCUUCUGCGCCAAAGUGUUUGGCAGCGACAGCGCCCUGCAGAUCCACCUGCGCUCGCACACUGGAGAGCGGCCCUUCAAAUGCAACAUCUGCGGCAACCGCUUCUCCACUAAGGGCAACUUGAAAGUGCACUUCCAGAGGCACAAAGACAAGUAUCCCGAAGUCCAGAUGAACCCGUACCCCGUUCCAGAGUAUCUGGACAACGUGCCAACAAGCUCUGGGAUUCCAUACGGAAUGAUCGUACCACCAGAAAAAGCCGUCCCGUCUUGGCUGGAUAGCAAGCCUGUCUUAACAACCUUGUCAGCCUCCCUGGGUCUUCCAAUCUCCUCCACUAGAACCAGCAUCGAGGGCUCCAGUGAGCCUUCAAGUACAGCGCCAUCUGUUCAAAUCACGUACCAGCCAACUUUGGGCGAGUGCGUGUCACCAAGCCAGAGAGGCAUCAAGGCUCGAUUGUCUCCGGUUUCAGACACUCGACAGUCCAACCAGGAGGAAGAGGGAUCCAGCGGUAUAAAACCAGAAGAGGUACAUCUGCCGCAAAGCUACACGCAGAUCUGGAGAGGCACUCAAGUAACCCAGGAAACCAGCUACACAUCUUUAGCGACCACGCCGGAACCUGUGGCAUCACUGUCUCCGAUCUCCAGCUCCCACUCGCCACUGCCGGGCAACCCGGAAGAUUUUUCACCUGGCGGCCUCCUGGACUUGAUGGAAACCUCGGAAACCUCAAAGCUGCAGCAGCUGGUGGAGAACAUCGACAAAAAGAUGACGGAAGCCAACCAGUGUGUCCUGUGUAAGCGCGUCCUCAGCUGCCCCAGCGCGCUGAAGAUGCACUACCGCAUACACACGGGCGAGAGGCCCUUCAAGUGUAAGGUGUGCGGUCGGGCUUUCACAACCAAGGGCAACUUGAAGACCCACGUGGUCGUUCACAGGGACAACCCGCCGGUCCAUGUGGAACACUCGUGCCCCAUUUGCCAGAAGAGGUUCACGAACGCCGUGGUCCUCCAGCAGCACAUCCGCAUGCAUAUGGUUGGUCAGAUCACCGACUCCCCUCCGCUGGAUGGGGGUCCGGAGAAGCAGGGUGAGAAUGAGAAAAACUUGGACAGUCCCGGCAGCAGUGACCUUGUCGAUGAUGUCUCCGUGGAGGGCGAUGACGCAGAAGGAGUACAGGAGGGUGAAAAUGUGGUCAGUCCUCCUAAAUCUUCACUCGAGAACCAUCUGAUGGACUCCUCGGUAAACCUCAGCACCUCUGGGGAUACAUUUCUCACAAAUGGCUACGAUGACCAGAUCCAGAUUGAAUGCUCGCUAACAGAGAAAGGGAUGCAGAAUCUGGGAACCACCAGCCCCCCUGCGACGCCGCCUUUAUCACCUGCGCCAAGUACUGAAUUUUGGGAACAUUUUGCGGCGUCUGUAAAGAAAGAACAAGCCAAAUCGGGAACUCAAGGCGUCACCCAACUGUUGACCAGCGGGUCAACCCAAUCAAUAAAGUCAGAGGUCAACGGUUACACGGAACCCUACCCGACGUUCGCCAUCAACUUAUCAGCCACUUACCCGUCAGUCGCCAGCUCGGGAAUAGCCCCCCUGCUCGGACCGCCGCACCCUCGCCGGAUGCCGAAGCAGCACAACUGCAGCGCCUGCGGGAAGAACUUCUCCUCGGCCAGCGCGCUCCAGAUCCACGAGCGCACGCACACCGGCGAGAAGCCAUUCGUCUGCUCCGUCUGCGGUCGAGCUUUCACCACUAAGGGGAAUCUGAAGGUUCACAUGGGCACACACAUGUGGAACAACACGCCAGCCAGGAGGGGCCGGCGUCUCUCGGUGGACAAUCCAAUGGCCCUACUGGGCUCAAACACCGUCAAGUUUGACCUUGCCGCCCGAGCCAUGCAGGUGGACGCCGGCUUCUGGAGCCGCUACGCCAGCGCCAUCACCAGCAGCCUGGCCCUGAAGAACAACGAGAUCUCUGUGAUUCAAAACCGAGGCGUGACGCCGUUACGCCCGAUGACCGCUGGAAUGGACAGAGUGAACGGCGCGGCGAGGCCGAUCACGAGCCUGUCCAAGAAUGGCGUGGAACUGGGGAACAACAGACAUUUUUCAAUGUUGAGUGAUGACAGUAAAGAAAUUGGAAUCAACUGAUGCAAUGUAUUAUGGACAUUAAAGUAUUUGUAAUACAGUACUGUGAAUGAUAUGUACAGAGCAUACACAUAAACAUAUUUUGAAAGUA